AAGCAUGACAUGCAUCAACAGCUUCCUGUCCCAUUCUCUGCCUGCCAUGGCUUCCUCCUCUCCCUCCUGCUCCUCUCCCUCCUUCAAUCGAAUCCGAGACUGGCUGCGCGCCUCCCCAGACCCAGCGCUCAUCGCAUCGCCGUUUCGCCCCCUGACUCCUCCGAAAUCGCCUGCGGCCACUCCACGACCACCGAAGCGAGCCCGCGACGCCUCGCCAUGCGACAUGGAUAACAAUCCCCUGCGUAGCCCCAGCCCAAGCAAAAGACAGCGCAAAGAGGAUAAUUUCCCCUCCGGACAAACUGCGUCGCGCUCUAGUAGUGUGGUUGUGUCUGAGCGCACCAUCUUAACAGCGACAGGCAGCGCAAAGCGGACUUCCAGCCCAAGUCGCCAUCUUACCGAGCUACGGACCGCUCGACCCUCAAUUUUGCUCUCCCCGAUAACCAUGCCCCCGAAGCGAUUGUCGGAAGACGCCAUGACACGACUGGGACGACUAAGGAGGCAGCUGGGCAGUGCUCUUAAGGGUGGCUACAUCCCAGUAGGUCUGAAAGAUGCGAUUGAGCAGGACCCGGACUUUCGACUGUCCCUCUCCAUGGAGCCCAUUGAUGAAGAGGCUUUCGAUCACGAGGAUACGCGCACACUGGCUGACUUUGCGCUCGUCGACACCCUACAACAGGUAAAGAAAAUAUUCCAGGGUGCUACUCUCUGCACACAGUUCGGAAGAGAUGAGAAUGCAUGGUGCUUUAGCGUUGUCUGGCCACUUAUCGAGCUUGCCCUCAAGCUUCACGGCAAUGAUAAGUGGAGACCUGAGAGCGUGCAAUCCCGAAGCAUAAACCCACUAUACCUCUCCCGCAUAUCGGACCCCUCUGUACCGACCAAGGAACGCCAUCUCUUUCGCAAAACCGAUUUUUGCUUCUCGUACUCGUACCUUGACCUGCAUUUCCGCCGACUAUACAACUGGCUGGAGGAAGCCAAUGCAAUACAUGUCUCCCAUACCACGGACAACUUCACCUCGCGUGCCUUCCUCUUUUCGGGGAUUGAGGUCAAACCAGAGAACGGCAACCAGAAAGAGGCAGAGCUGCAGAUGGGUAUCUGGAUGGCGGCGAGUUUGCGGAAGAAGAUGGAGUUGGCGAGGAGAGCUUCUUUUGGAAUUCCAGUAUCGGAAAGCGAAUCUGCGUCUAAUUCUGGAGUCAGUCAUGAUUCGAAUGAGAUCAAAAAUCCCGACAACAAUGCAGACGACCCCUCCAUCACAGCCCUCCUCGAACCCGCCCUCACCAUCAUCGGCCACGAGCACAAAAUAUACUAUGCCUACCCGUCUUCUGCAACAGGAGACAUCACGAUCCUGGGACCGGAUGAAAAGUUCACGAAUUUGUCGACGCGCUCUGUACAGGGCAUCUUUAAACUAAUCAGCUUUUAUGCUACCAUCUUGGACUAUGGAUAUCGGGCACAAUUGGAUAGUGGGCAAGAAUCUGACGGAGGGCUCUGGGGUGACUACUUAGAGAAGAUUGUUAAGGAAGUGAGCAAAUGCAUUUAUCGUUGAGGUAACGUCAGAGAUUUGGGGCUAGCUGAGGUGAUGUGAAUCCAUAAAUCACGAGUUCGUCGACCGCCCCUGGCCUCCCGAGGA